UGAGCGUGGAGGUGGAUGUGUCAUCUCAGAACUGAACAUGUUUUUGUUUGAAGUGGGUUUUAUGGUUGCUGUUUUGCAAGUCUAUACAACCUACGCUGUCGAGAAUCAAGCAUGUACUUCGGUGGAAAUUGAUUGUGAUAAAUUGAAGACCAGUGAUGGUAGAUACGUGUAUCUAUACAACAUUUCAGGUGUAUCUGACAUUGCGGUGUACAACAAUACAGGGACUGCCAUUGCCAACAGUGGAGGGGACAAGCCAAUGGAAUUUGAUAAGAAUGAGGUGGUAACGAUGAACAACAGUUCAAUCACCCUCUAUAAAUGCCAACAUCUGACAAUGAACAUAAUUUACAUUGAUUCUACACAGCAGAAGACUGGAACUGAGUCUAAUGGUGAAGAUCCCUCAGUUAAGGAGAGAUGUUCCCAUUACAUUGUCACAGAGAUGAGGAAUGAGGUUGUGACAACUGUAUCUUUGAAUUCAACCAUCAUCCCAGAUGGAGACCAUCCUGAUUCAAAUCGUGGUGGCACUAGUUUGAUCUGGAAAAUCAUUGCUCCCGUGCUGGUCAUUGCUGGUCUGCUCUUCGUGGUUUUUUGUAUGUACAAACCUUGGAGAGACAAACAGUGCAACCAAGGCCACAGAGACGUGGAAGCGGGUCAGGGCAUUCCAGAACCAAACUCCAUUCCUCUGAUGCAGAAUGAGCAACGUGAUACCAGAGACAUCAGAAAGCCUGAUGACGGUGAGACUGUUGAAGCUGUGGUUGUUCUCAGUGACCAAGGAGGUGAGCCAGGAGAGGAGAGCAGGCAGCCCAUGGACAAUGAAGAGACAGCCACUGACAACCCUCUGCUGAAUGGAGAUGCCAGCGGCCAAGGAGAGGAAGGUGUUCUAGGAAUGGAGGAUGGAAAGCCGUCAGCCAAUGACAGAGCAGACACUGAAACCUGUCAGAAGACACAUGCUGAUUCCCCUCCACUGAAUGUACCCAAGGUUGUCAGGGUUAACAGCCAGACUGAUGACCCACAGCUUCUGGGUCAACCUCAGAGCAAUGGACACGUGCCAUAUAGAAGGGAAUCACACCUGACCAAUGGGGCUCCAGGUCAGGGUGCUGGUGAGACUUCACCCCUCCUCUGCAGGGUUGACGAUGAGCCUAAGGAAGUGACUCCUGGUGCACAGAGUUCAGGACCUCUUCAGAUGAAUGGAGGUCCUCCCAUGUCUAACAGAGCUGCAGAGGAGACCACUGCUCUAUUGGACAAACAGGCCUUGGACAAGGACCAAGUCACCAAACCUCCUGAGUUAAUAGACAAAGGACCUAAUGACAUGGAGUCAAGUAGAGGAGAACUGUAACAAACGGUGGACGUUUGUAUAACAAAAGAAAACCUAAUAAGAUAUUAUAAGACACAGUAAUAUAUGAUAUACAGUACUUAUUAUAAGAUACAGUAAUGUAUGAUAUACAGUACUCAUUAUAAGAUACAGUAAUAUAUGAUAUACAGUACUUAUUAUAAGAUACAGUAAUAUAUGAUAUACAGUACUUAUUAUAAGAUACAGUAAUAUAUGAUAUACAGUACUUAUUAUAAGAUACAUUAAUAUAUGAUAUACAGUACUUAUGAUAAGAUACAGUAAUAUAUGAGAUACAAUACUUAUAAGAUACAGUAAUAUAUGAGAUACAGUACUUAUGAUAAGAUACACAUAUGUGACUAGCUUCAUCAUAAUCAGUCAUGUCAACCCCAAGACACAUUCUGACCAGUGUGUUUUACUGCACAUUGAUUUUCAGAAACAUCCGUUUAUUAAGUUAAUUCUCUAUGUGACAGGUAUAAUGUGGAUAGGUUAGGAAACGUGUUUAAGUGAAAUCAGUAUGUAACGGCGUUCGUUCGUCGAAAGAGAGUCGGACCGAAAUGCAGCGUGGUGGUUACUCAUGUCUUUAAUGAAACAAAUGACGAUACAUGAAAUAACUAAAUAAAUACAAAAACAACAAACGGAACGUGAAACCUAAUACAGCCUAUCUGGUGAACACUACACAGAGACAGGAACAAUCACCCACGAAAUACACAUUGAAACCCCGGCUACCUAAAUAUGGUUCCCAAUCAGAGACAACGAGAAUCACCUGACUCUGAUUGAGAACCGCCUCAGGCAGCCAAACCUAUGCUACACACCCCUAACCAACCACAAUCUCAAUGCCUACAAAAACCCCAAUAAGACAACACAAUAAACCCAUGUCACACCCUGGCCUGAACAAAUAAUUAAGAAAAACACAAAAUACUAUGACCAAGGAGUGACACAGUAUAAAACAUAAACCUCUUUAGUAGAGACAUUUCCAAGAUCAUAAGGUCUUGUGGACAUGUCAAAUAGCUAAACAUUGACCGGGCGUUAUUUACACAAUGUAUACACAAAUAUAUGUAGACACCCCUUCAAAUUAGUGGAUAUGUAUAUUUCAGCGACACCCGUUGCUGACAGGUGUUUAAAAAUCGAGCACGCAUCCAUGCAAUCUCCAUAGACAAACAUUGACAGUAGAAUGGCCUGUACUGAAGAGCUCAGUGACUUUCAAUGUGGCACCGUCAUAGGAUGCCACCUUUCCAACAAGUCAGUUCAUAAAAUUUCUGCCCUGCUAGAGCUGCCCCGGCCACCUGUAAGGGCUGUUAUUGUGGAGCAUCAUUGGCUCAGCCAUGAAGUGGUAGGCCACACAAGCUCACGGAAUGUGACCUCCGUGUGGUGAAGCGUGUAAGUCGCAAUCGUCCGUCCUCGGGUUGCAAUACACACUACAGAGUUCCAAACUGCGUCUGGAAGCAUCGUCAGCACAACUGUUCGUCACGAGCUUCAUGAACUGGGUUUCCACGAACAGCCGCACACAAGCCUCAGAUCACCAUGCGCAAUGCCAAGCGUUGGCUGGAGUGGUGUAAAGCUCGCCGCCAUUGGACUCUGGAGCAGUGGAAACACAUUCUUGCUUCACCAUCUGUUAGUCCAUCAGACGAAUCUGGGUUUGGCGGAUACCAGGAGAACGCUACCUGCCCCAAUGCAUAGUGCCAACUGUAAAAUUGGGUAGAGGAGGAAUAAUGGUCUAGGGCUGUUUUUCAUGGCCCCUUAGUUCCAGUGCAGGGAAAUCUUAACUCUACAGCAUACAAUGACAUUCUAGAUGAUUCUGUGCUUCCAAAUUUGUGGCAACAGUUUGGGGAAGGCCCUUUCCUGUUUCAGCAUGACAAUGCCCCCGUGCACAAAGCGAGGUCCAUACAGAAAUAAUUUGUUUAGAUCAGUGUGGAAGAACUUGACUGGCCUGCACCCCAUCAAACACCUUUGGGAUGAAUUGGAACGCCGACUGCGAGCCAGGCCUAAUCACCCAACAUCAGUGCCCGACCUCACUAAUGCACUUGUGGCUGAAUGGAAGCAAGUCCGUGAAGGGAUAGUUCACCCAAAAUUACAAAACUACAUAUUGUUGUUCUUACCCUGUAUGGACAAAAUAAGAAAGCAAUCCAAUGCUUUUGUUUAUUUACUUGGUUACGGAAAUGCAAACGUUUUAGCACUUGUGGCACAAAUCCAAGUCAAUGACCCUGUUAAAAGCAGUUUUCUGAAAUCAUCCUAAAGAGUCAACAUUUGAUUGUGUAGCUCAAUUAAGUCAUUCUAAGAUGAUUUGGACAUGAAGCACAAAAACAAUGCAAGAAAUGGGAUAUUGGCUUCACAUUACUUGACAUUGGAUUUGAUCUAAAAAGUUUGCAUUUGAAGACAGUGGUCAGGUAAACAAAACCAAAGCAUGGAUUACUGUCUGAGCUUGUCCAUAGACUGAUUAUGGCGUAAAGAAAGCAAAUGAUAUUUUGUAAUUAGGGUGAACUAUCCCUUUAACAGGAGUGCGGAACUCCUACGUGAAGUCGUUACAGUAUAGCCCUCUGACACAUUUUCCUAAAGAGACUUUCAUGAGGUCAUACCACUUAGCUUCAUAAUCAUAAGGCAUUAUGCUGCCUGCUUAAAAUGCUGAAGAAAUAUAGACAUGUAUUAGCCAUUAGUGCCAAUGUCAUGCAAUAUGAUGUAUAUAUUCAUAGAUUAUAAGGUGUUAUAAAUACACUUAUCACACAUUAUGAAGAGGGUAUUCAUAGGAAGUGUUACCCACAGGUCCAGCAGAAGGAACUGUACCCCACAUCCCCACCUACUAGGGACAUUGUGAAAAAUACCACAACUUUAGACAGGAAUUGUGGAGCUAUGUUGACAUUUGUGUUCACCGUUUAAUUAGAAUGUUUAACACAUUGAGAGUAUCGGUCAGGUCAAAUGACUUAGGCGAAUGACAUACCCACAUACACUGACACCUUAUAACCUUAGUGUCAGAAAAGGUCCAUUUUCUUCACAUCUGAAUUAGGGUUGUUUACUUCCUAGUAAUGUAUUUGAUAUGUCAUGUCUGUGGGUUGGUCCCAUACAUGUAUGAAUGGCUUUCGCUUAAUGCAUUUUAUGGUUAGUUACCUCACUCUUUGCAUUUUGACUGUUGGAUUGAUAUGAUCUGCUCAUACAUUUCCCUACAAGUGAGUGAGUUAAGACUAUUGUUUAGUGAACGACUCAGGUCUGAUGGAUACAGUUGUCCCUCAUACUCUCAUGUAUUAUUUGUAACAAACUUUCUGCAUGCAUCUGUAUGAGGAAACCUCCACAUAAUUGUCAUAUCUACUUUUUAGCCUGCAAGUUUAGGAGGACUAUUCUGCAGAGUUUUGUGUUUUAUAUAAUAGAAAUGUAGAACCUAAGAUUACCUCUUAGUAUUAUAAUAUGUGUUUCAUUCAUUUCAUCAUUAAAACAUUCCUUUCCA